GCCGAGCGCCCCGCCACACAGCUCUCUCUGUCCAGCCGCCUGCAGCUGACCCUGUACCAGUACAAGACAUGUCCCUUCUGCAGCAAGGUCCGCGCCUUCCUCGACUUCCAUGCCCUGCCCUACCAGGUGGUAGAGGUGAAUCCUGUGCUCAGGGCCGAGAUCAAGUUCUCCUCCUACAGGAAGGUGCCCAUCCUGGUGGCCCAGGAAGGAGACAGCUCACAACAACUGAACGACUCCUCCGUCAUCAUCAGUGCCCUCCAGACCCACCUGGUGUCCAGGCAGCCCCUGGAUGAGGUCAUCUCCUACUACCCAGCCAUGAAGGCCCUGAAUGACCAGGGCAAGGAGGUGACCGAGUUCUGUAACAAGUACUGGCUCAUGCUGGACGAGCAGGAAGCCCGGCGCAUGUACGGCGGGAAGGAGGCCAGGACGGAGGAGAUGAAGUGGCGGCAGUGGGCCGACGACUGGCUGGUGCACCUCAUCUCGCCCAACGUGUACCGCACGCCAGCGGAGGCCCUGGCCUCCUUCGACUACAUCGUCCGCGAGGGCAAGUUCGGGGCCGUGGAGGGCGCCAUGGCCAAGUAUGUGGGCGCGGCAGCCAUGUACCUCAUCAGCAAGCGCCUCAAGACCAGGCAUCACCUCCAGGACAACGUACGUGAGGACCUCUACGAGGCCGCCAACAAGUGGGUGGCAGCCGUGGGCCAAGACCGGCCCUUCAUGGGAGGCCAGAAGCCGAACCUCGCUGACCUGGCGGUGUACGGUGUGCUGCGUGUCAUGGAAGGUCUGGAGGCUUUCGACGACAUGAUGCUACACACACACAUCCGGCCCUGGUACCUGCGGGUGGAGAAGGCCAUCGCCGAGGCCCCUGCAGCGCACUGAAUGUCUCCACCUGGUGGGGCCCGGGCAGCAGAAGACCGCUGGGGACCCCGAGGCCCUGGGCCAGUCUCUGGCGACACCGUGCAUAGGGGUGUGGCUGCGGGUCAUUCCACCACCCAACCCCAGCUCCCCAGCUCCCCGACACAAGCUUUCAGGGCCCUGGGUGCUGGGACAAGGCCUGGGCUCUGUUCCCACUGGAAACCACUAGGAGGGUCACGGGUCACCACAGGGGCCUCCCUCCCCGCCCAGAGCUCCCCAUUCUACAGCCCCUCUUCCCAGACACCCCUGGGACCUGGGGCGCUAUCAUGCUGCAAUAAAGAGGAGGUCUCCUGUC